AUGAUUCACAAUUUUACAUCACUGUACACUCCUCGCUGUACUUUGUGGUACAGUGUACGAAACAGCAAGUUUGCCGGCAAGUUUGGUAGGGCGAAUGACUACACUGAUUUGGAUACAGUGGGGAAUCACAGUGAGUUAGAAACAGUGAGAGACUACAGUGAUUUGGAUACAGUGAGGAAUUACAGUGAGUUAGAUACAGUGAGGGACUACAGUGAGUUGGAUACAGUGAAGGAUUACAGUGAGUUGGAUAUAGUGACGGAUUACAAUGAGUUGAAUACAGUGAGGGAUUACAGUGAGUUGGAUACAGUGAGGGAUUACAGUGAGGGAUUACAUGACUUAGAUACAGUGAGGGAUUACAGUGAGUUGGAUACAGUGAGGGAUCAUAGUGAGUUGGAUACAGUGAGGUAUCGUAGUGAGUUGGAUACAGUGAAGGAGUACAGUGAGUUAGAUACAGUGAGGAAUCAUAGUGAGUUGGAUACAGUGAGGGAUCAUAGUGAGUUGGAUACAGUGAGGAAUUGUAGUGACUUAGAUACAGUGAGGGAUUACAGUGAGUUGGAUACAGUGAGGGAUCAUAGUGAGUUGGAUACAGUGAAGUAUCAUAGUGAGUUGGAUACAGUGAGGAUACAUGAGUUGGAUACAGUGAGGUAUCAUAGUGAGUUGGAUACAGUGAAGGAGUACAGUGAGUUAGAUACAGUGAGGAAUCAUAGUGACUUGGAUACAGUGAGGGAUCAUAGUGAGUUGGAUACAGUGAGGAAUUGUAGUGACUUAGAUACAGUGAGGGAUUACAGUGAGUUGGAUACAGUGAGGGAUUACAGUGAGUUAGAUACAGUGAGGGAUCAUAGUGAGUUGGAUACAGUGAUGGGUCAUAGUGAGUUGGAUACAGUGAGGGAUCAUAGUGAGUUAGAUACAGUGAGGGAUCAUAGUGAGUUAGAUACAGUGAGGGAUCAUAGUGAGUUGGAUACAGUGAGGGAUCAUAGUGAGGUGGAUACAAUGAGGCAUCAUAGUGAGUUAGAUACAGUGAGGGAUCAUAGUGAGUUGGAUACAUUGAGAGAUCAUAGUGAGUUGGAUACAGUGAGGGAUCAUAGUGAGUUAGAUACAGUGAGGGAUCAUAGUGAGUUGGAUACAGUGAGGGAUCAUAGUGAGGUGGAUACAAUGAGGCAUCAUAGUGAGUUGGAUACAGUGAGGGAUCAUAGUGAGGUGGAUACAAUGAGGCAUCAUAGUGAGUUGGAUACAGUGAGGAAUCAUAGUGAGUUGGAUACAGUGAGGAAUUGUAGUGACUUAGUUACAGUGAGGGGUCAUAGUGAGUUGGAUACAUUGAGAGAUCAUAGUGAGUUGGAUACAGUGAGAGAUCAUAAUGAGUUGGAUACAGUGAGGGAUAACAGUGAGUUGUAUACAGUGAGGUAUCGUAGUGAGUUGGAUACAGUGAAGGAGUACAGUGAGUUAGAUACAGUGAGGAAUCAUAGUGAGUUGGAUACAGUGAGGGAUCAUAGUGAGUUGGAUACAGUGAGGAAUUGUAGUGACUUAGAUACAGUGAGGGAUUACAGUGAGUUGGAUACAGUGAGGGAUUACAGUGAGUUGGAUACAGUGAAGGAGUACAGUGAGUUAGAUACAGUGAGGGAUCAUAGUGAGUUGGAUACAGUGAGGGAUCAUAGUGAGUUGGAUACAGUGAGGGAUCGUAGUGAGUUACAUACAGUGAGGGAUCAUAGUGAGUUGGAUACAUUGCGAGAUCAUAGUGAGUUAGAUACAGUGAGGGAUCAUAGUGAGUUGGAUACAGUGAGGGAUCAUAGUGAGUUGGAUACAGUGAGAGAUCAUAGUGAGUUAGAUACAGUGAGGGAUCAUAAUGAGUUGGAUACAGUGAGGAAUUGUAGUGACUUAGAUACAGUGAAGGAUUACAGUGAGUUAUAUACAGUGAGGAAUCGUAGUGAGUUAGAUACAGUCAGGGAUCAUAGUGAGUUGGAUACAGUGAAGGAUCAUAGUGAGUUGGAUACAGUGAGGGAUCAUAGUGAGUUAGAUACAGUGAGGGAUCAUAGUGAGUUGGAUACAGUGAGGAAUUGUAGUGACUUAGAUACAGUGAGGAAUCGUAGUGAGUUGGAUACAGUGAGAGAUCAUAGUGAGUUGGAUACAGUGAGAGAUCAUAGUGAGUUGGAUACAGUCAGAGAUCAUAGUGAGUUGGAUACAGUGAGAGAUCAUAGUGAGUUGGAUACAGUGAGAGAUCAUAGUGAGUUGGAUACAGUGAGAGAUCAUAGUGAGUUGGAUACAGUGAGAGAUCAUAGUGAGUUGGAUACAGUGAGAGAUCAUAGUGAGUUGGAUACAGUGAGAGAUCAUAGUGAGUUGGAUACAGUGAGAGAUCAUAGUGAGUUGGAUACAGUGAGAGAUCAUAGUGAGUUGGAUACAGUGAGGGAUCAUAGUGAGUUGGAUACAGUGAGGGAUCAUAGUGAGUUGGAUACAGUGAGGGAUCAUAAGGAUUACAAUGAGUUGGAUAUAGUGGGGAGUUGA